AUGGCUUUUACAAUCCAUGGCCCCAUAAAUUAUGAGAUGUUAUUUGCGAUACUGCUCGCGAAAUUUGGAGUGCUCUUUCUACAACAUUCUAUGAUGAGAGCCUUUUUCGCCAAACAAAAUGGGAAGAAUCUCUCCACAUAUUAUGGAGAAUUAACAGAUAUUUUCGGUGAAUUGGAUCAUCGUGAUAAGGCAAUUAUGACAUGUGCCCAUGAUAUUGAGAUUUACAGAAAGUCAAUUCAGCGACAAAGGGUGCACAUUUUUCUCGUUGGUCUUGAUGUGGAAUUUGAGCAAAUUCAUGGGGAAAUUCUACGCAAAUAUCCUAUACCUGAAUUGGAGGCCACAUAUGCUCUUAUUAGACGUGAGUCAGUACGUCGGGCUACUAUAAAUUCUUAA